AUGUUCCUCAAGGAUCGAAGGGGAUGGAAACCAUUUGUUCGACUGAUUGACGACGCAGAACUCUGCUCAACCUUCAAGAACGACCCUUCAAUUACUUCUCUGACGAAUGAUAUUUUUGACAAGUUCCACGAUUUGCGACCGAGAGAAACUGAUAUGUUGGAAUGUCGAUUGACGCAUGCUCGUUUCCUCGAUUUAAUCCACGAUCCAUUCUUCAAAAAGACGUUAGCAGAGUUGGCACCGGUUGGUAUUGUGGCACAGCAAGUAUACGUGUUUCCAACGUUUAACUCGAUGACACGUCUCCGUAAAGAAACAUACGUUUAUAUUCAAGUACGAGCAGUUCCUGGACAAGCGUUGCCAAGUAGUCAAUACGAUAGAAUGCAACUGGAACAAGAACAUUUCAAAGUGAUAGCUCAAUUCGUUUCGGAGAGGGCGUGGUAUAUCAGCGAGUACUUCUACUCCAAAAUUUCGAAAUUGAAUAUCAAAAUAUGCUACGAUGAUGAUAUUCCGGAUGUUCUUCUCGGUGAAGUUUAUUGCAAAGCGUGCUCAUUAUUUUUCCCACAUUUAGAACCUCUUGUAUUGUUCUUUCACAGUGUGAUGUCAGAAGAUUCUGUAGGAGGACCGUACGGUCGAACUACCAGUUUUGACGAGAAAUGGUUGCCACAGUACAAAACUGCGAUGCUUGUCAUUUUCUUCCUUCAACACUGCGAAUUGAUCCCUUUGAUUAUGAGAGAUACCGAUGUUUUCGUUCCGACAAAUGUCACUUGGGAAAAGUUGAUAGAUUGGGAUGAAGGGAGACAACGGUUUUUCACUGAUCAAUAUAUGUUUGAGGGGAGAAAGUGGGCGUCACGAUCAAUUUAUGCGAAAGCUCCACUUGGAAAGCUCUUCUUUCUCAUGCUCGUAUUCUACACAAAAUCGAUUCAUUUUGGAGAGGGAAGAAUAAUUAUUGACAAAGGAACACAUCCACCAUUAAUGGAACAAGAACAGAACUGUCUUGUGAUCGACUCGGUUCUUCUCCGUCGAACUUCAGAUGAUUUUCCGAGGAAAAUGGUUUAUUUUGUGAUCAUGAAAGCGAUGCAUAGCUAUUUGUGUGGAUGUAGAGACGCUGGAUCUGUUGGAGAUGAUCUAUCGAGCAUUCGGAGUCAACUGAUAGAAGUUCGGCGGGCAGAGGAAGCAGGAAGACCACUACCUAAAAUACCUCAGUAA